GCUGAGAAACAAAGGAUCGGUGGUGACUUACAGUGAAACAUGUCUCCAUGCUGUAAUAACUCAGACUAAAUCUCCGAUACCAUGGGAGUGAAUAGUGGAUCGACUCUGUUUGAAGAGAAACAGCUGGAAGCAUCCACAGACAAACGUCAGUGCAGACAGUUGGUUCACUACUUCUCUCUGCUCUGCUUCCUGCUCACCCUCAUCGUUCUGCUCCAGACUCUCUGCUUGGUUCAGAUCACACUGGUGUCUCAGUCCCGGUCAGCCCUGCAGGAAAACAAACUGAGAGAUCUGAGAAUCAGACUGGAGACGCUCAACCAGUCAUAUCAGCUCCUGUUCUCCCAGUAUCCUGCUCUAAACCAGUACUGCCCCAUCAGCAACUCCACCACUGGUGAAAGAGAGUGCAGACCGUGCUUGGAUGGCUGGAUGCCUCAGGGAGAGAAAUGCUUCCUCUUCAGCCAGGACAGAGCUGACUGGAUCAGCAGCCAGUACCACUGCAUGGCACUGGGGGGCGUUAUGGCCAUAAUAAGGACAGAGGAGGAGCAGGAGUUUCUGUGGGAAAAGGCCCAGAGUCUGAGUCAGGGGGACUCUUACUGGCUCGGCCUGAGGAGCAGCAGCGCUGACGGGGGCUGGAGGUGGAGCGAUGGCUCGCUGCUGGAGAACGGACUGCAAUUUUGGGGACGCGAGCCAGAUGAUGUGGGUGAGAGCAGGGUGGAUCUGUGCGGUCGACUCACCCCGAGAGACGCGUACAGCAGGAGCUGGUUCACCUUCAGGUGCUCCAACAAGCUGAGGAGGAUCUGUGCGAGGAGGCGAGCUUCUCUGCAGUGA